AGGGGUCCUGAUUCACGUGUACCAGAAACUACACACGCUCCAGGUCUUUAAUAUCUCAAUGCGGCUCUGCGGUUAAAAGCAUAAUAUUGCAAUUUCACUCUUCUUACCGAAGUUGUACAGCACUUUGAGUUAUUUGCGUUAACCACGCUGCUUCGUAUACUUUGCUCAAGAAUUGCAAUCUUCUCCAAAAUGGGGAAAAGAAGCAGACAGAGACAGAAAAACCAACCCACUGGCAGAGACCACAGAGACAACGCUGGCUGGGGUGCUGGUUAUGCUGACAUUGUUAAGGAAAACAAGCUGUUUGAGCACUACUACAAGGAACAAGGUUUAAUUCCAGAAGGAGAGUUUGAAAGGUUUAUGGAUGCCAUGAGAGAACCACUUCCAGCCACCAUACGCAUCACUGGAUAUAAAAGCCACGCCAAAGAAAUUCUUCACUGCCUGAAGGAAAAGUACUUUAAGGAAAUUCAGGAUUUGGAGAUUGACGGUCAGAAGAUCGAGGCUCCGCAGCCUCUUAGCUGGUAUCCCGACGAGCAAGCCUGGCACACCAACAUGAGUCGUAAGAUUAUUAGAAAGUCUCCCCUGCUGGAGAAGUUCCAUCAGUUUCUUGUCAGUGAGACAGACUCGGGUAACAUUAGCCGUCAGGAAGCCGUCAGCAUGAUCCCGCCGCUUCUCCUGAAGAUUGAGUCCCAUCACAAGAUUUUGGACCUGUGUGCAGCUCCUGGCUCAAAGACAGCUCAGCUGAUUGAAAUGCUUCAUUCUGACAUGGACGUGCCCUUUCCAGAGGGCUUCGUCAUCGCCAACGACGUGGACAACAAGCGCUGCUACCUUCUGGUGCAUCAGGCCAAGCGUCUCAAUAGCCCCUGCAUCAUGGUGGUCAACCAUGACGCCUCCUGCAUCCCCAUGCUGCAGAUCCAAGACGCGGACGGAAAGAAGGACAUCCUCUUCUAUGACCGCGUCUUGUGCGACGUGCCCUGCAGCGGGGACGGCACCAUGAGGAAGAACAUCGAUGUGUGGAAGAAGUGGACGACCAGCAACAGCCUGCACCUUCACGGUCUCCAGAUGCGUAUCGCUGUGCGUGGCGUCGAACAGCUGGCCGUGGGUGGCAGGAUGGUCUACUCCACCUGUUCCCUCAACCCCAUCGAGGACGAAGCUGUCAUAGCGGCACUCCUGGAGAAAAGCGAAGGAGCAUUGGAGUUGGUCGACUGCUCUUCCGACAUGCCCGGCUUGAAGUGGAUGCCCGGCGUGACUUCCUGGAAGCUGAUGACUAAAGAGGGCAAGUGGUACGCCGACUGGUCGGAGGUUCCCACCAGUCGCCACACUCAAAUCAGGCCCACCAUGUUUCCACCAACAGAUGCAGAAAAGCUGGCUGGCAUGCAUCUGGAGAGAUGUAUGAGGAUUCUGCCGCAUCACCAGAACACGGGAGGGUUCUUUGUGGCUGUGCUUAUGAAGAAAGCCCCAAUGCCUUGGAACAAGAGAUAUCCCAAGCUGAGAAAAGAGGCCCCGUCUGGCUCCGAAGCCCAAACGCAAAGCUCCCUGGUGGCUCCUGCAGAGUCUCCCAGUCUUCCCGAAGGGGAGCAGAUGCAGGAAGGCGGCGCUGAGAGCAAAGCAGACGUGGAGGAGGCCCAGGAGGGAGCACCCAAAGGAGCAAGUUCCAGUGAUAAACAAGAUGGCGUCUGCGCACCUCCACCCUCCAAAAAGUUGAAGCUAUCUGGAUACAAGGAAGAUCCCUUUGUGUUCCUCAAUGAAGAAGACCCCGUCUUCACCAGCAUGCAAUCCUUCUACAACUUGUCUCCAAACUUCCCCAAGAUGAACGUGCUGACCAGAACGCACGAGGGCAAGAAGAGACACUUGUACAUGGUGUCCAAAGAGUUGCGCAACGUCAUGCUCAACAACAGCGAGCGCAUGAAGGUGAUAAAUACAGGUGUGAAAGUGUGGUCUCGCAACAGCGACGGGGAAGAGUUUGGUUGUGCCUUUAGACUGGCCCAAGAGGGUAUCUACACCUUGCAGCCGUAUAUUCGCUCCAGAAUUGUCACAGUGAGUGUGGAAGACAUCAAGGUGUUGCUGACUCAGGAAAACCCCUUCCUAAACAGAUUAGAAGAUGAUGCCCGCACUCAAGCCCAAAAAAUAGUGAUGGGCAGUAUUGUGUUGAAGUACAUUCCUAAUCCCAAUAAGCCAGCAGAGCCUCAGUGUCCCAUCCAACUGUGCGGCUGGAGAGGAAAGACGUCCAUCCGGGCCUUCGUCCCCCGCAACGAGAGGUACCACUACCUACGCAUGCUGGGCGUGGAGGUCUUCCGGGACAAGCAGGGGGCCGGCCGGAAGCCAACAGACGAGGAGGCCAAAGAGAAGGAGGAGGGCGGGGAAGAGGCGAUGGCCGAGCAGAAGGAGCUGCAUUUGGAGAACGGGAGUGAGAACGGAUCAUCAGAAGCCAAAAAAGAUGGCGACAAUAAAGAGACUUGUGUGUGAAAUUGGAAGAAGAGGAGGAAGGAGGAGCUUAUUAUUCACGAAAAUGUUGUUACAGAUGGAAGACAGCUUGGCUGUAAUUAUUUUUUUGGGAUCCCCAAUGAAGAGGACUUUUUUGUGAUUUAAUUACACAGUCUGCUUUAGUCCACCUGCCGAGUGGCGUAAACCUAUUUUCUGUUUUGCAUUUUUAAAGAGUUUUAUAUUAAGUCUUAUCUCAUUUGGUACACCUGUAUGAGCGGAAACUCAGCUGAAUAAAGGUGUGAAAGAUU